AUGGUAACAAGUAGCGGAUCGACAACAAGCAAUGGAGACAGUCAUCAACAGAGUGGACAUAUGAUGACCUUAAAUAUUCAUAUUCCACGUGACAGUAGCGUACAUUCAAUGCAAUUCGAUGUUCAAAUGUUAAUUAGUGAUAUAAUACAUAAUAUUCAACAGUAUUUACCACUAGUUGUCGAUCACGAUUUGUCAGAAUACGGUCUCGUUGUUAAUGAUAUUCAACAUUCAUCAAGAAGUUAUUGGCUUGAUCCGACAAAAAUAUUGAAUUAUUAUCCUUUAAAGAAUGGAGAUCACGUUGAAUACAAAAAUCGAUAUCGUCCACUUAAAAUUCGUCUACUCGAUGGGACUGUUAAAACAAUUCUUAUCGAUGAUUCAUUGAUUGUCGCUCAAUUGAUGGUUUAUAUAUGUACAAAAUUCGGUAUUGCGAAUUAUGAUGAAUAUUCAUUAGUAUACGAUCUUGAAGCCGAUGAUGGGAAUAAUAAUACAAAAACGGCAACUCUUCUUCGAGAUCGAUCCUUGCAACGAACGGACAAAAAGAUGGAAGAAUUACGAAAAAAAUGUCAUACAGAUGAUGAUACACUUUGGCUUGAUCAAUCAAAAAGUCUUCGUCAACAAGAUAUCGACGAACAAUCAACUGUUGUUCUACGACGAAAAUAUUUCUUCUCCGACACGAAUAUCGAUCAGCGUGAUCCAGUUCAAUUGAAUUUGCUUUAUGUUCAAUGUCGAAACGGUAUUGUCGAUGGGACACAUCCUGUCACAUACGAUGAAGCAAUUCAAUUCGCUGGUCUACAGUGUCAAAUACAGUUUGGUGAUCAUGAAGAGUCCAAACAUAAGCCAGGGAUUAUCGAUAUACGUGAUUUUCUACCCAAAGAGUAUGCCAAAACGAAAAAUGUGGAAAGAAAAAUCUUUCUUGAACAUAAGAAACAUGCUAGUAUCUCAGAAUUGGAUGGCAAAGUCAAGUAUACACAACUGUGUCGCUCAUUGCGAACGUACGGUGUAACAUUUUUUCUCGUUAAAGAGAAAAUGUCGGGCAAGAACAAACUUGUGCCACGCCUUCUUGGCGUAACAAAAGAAUCAAUCAUCCGAGUUGAUGAACGAACAAAAGACUUUUUAGAAAUCUGGCCGUUAACACAUGUCAAACGAUGGACAGCAUCUCCAAAUACGUUUACAUUGGAUUUCGGUGAUUACGCAACGGCUUAUUACUCAGUACAAACACAUGAAGGUCAACAAAUUUCUCAAUUAAUCGCUGGUUACAUUGAUAUCAUUUUGAAAAAAAGAAAAGAUCGCGAGUGUACGACAAGUCGAGAUGGAAUUGCUGAUGAAGAAUCGACAAUGAUUGAAGAUAUGAUCGCACCAGGAAAAGCAACCAUCAUACAACCAAAUCGCCCAGCAAUCGAUUUCGUACGUCAACAAAAUGUUUACUCACCGCCAGUAAUUCGUGGAACGUUUUCAAACGGUACCAAUUCUUCUGAUCAACUUCAACAGCAAGAAGGUUAUUUUAUCUCACAAAUUCAUGAACAGCCAAGAAUAUCAUCGGAUAAUCAUUCGAACCAUAACAAUACGAUUCUUUGUGCAGCUAUAGAACAUGCUCGGAAUACUAUUCAUACAGCUCAAUCUCAGCUAGCACGUGAAUUGCCAUUCGAUCAAUCACUAUCAUCCAUGAUGAAUAAUCAGAAUCAUUGGUCAAAUGAAAAUCGUCUCGAUGUUAGUCGUCAAUUGUUAACUAGUGAACUAUCGACAAUAAAUGCAUCGACAGCGCAAAUUAUUAUAUUAACAUCGGAUGUAAAUAAUCCACAUCGACGUCAUGAUGAUUCGAAUCAUUCACUGAGCACUGCAAUCUCAACCAUAACCAACAAUUUGAAUGAAUUCUGUAGAGAAAUGGAUGUUUAUCGAAAUUUAGUCAAUGAUAAAACCAAUUUACCCGAUCAAACACGUCGUUUAUGCACAGUGUUCAAUGAAUUGUUAGCCUAUAUACAAACCUUGACUGAAAAUAAUUAUGAUUCAGCAACUCGACAGAAUGUUUUGGUUACAGCAAGUCGUCUAGGUGAAAUCAGCCAAGAUCUUGUACGUCGCCUAACCAAUGAUGCUGAUUGUUCCGUCGAAUAUCAAGAGAAACUAUUAACAUUAGCCAAAUCUGUUGCCAAUACGACUGCUCUGUAUGUUCUCAAAGCUAAAGAUAUCGCUACAAAUGUUCAAGAGCAACAAAUAGUCAAUGAAAUUAUUUCAACAGCUACGCAGUGUGCUCUGGCAACAUCACAAUUAGUUGCAUGCACAAAAGUUGUAGCUGCAACGAUUUCCAAUCCAUUGUGUCAAGAACAAUUGAUUGAAUCUGCACGCGGUGUCACACGUUCAAUUGAAGCUGUUCUUCAGUCUUGUGUACCACCAAUGACACCGGAAGUUUUCUUUUCUGAUCUGACAGAUGCCGGACGAAUCGUUCGAAAAACUCUAAAUGAAUUUCUACUUCAUAUUAAACUAAUAACCGAUACAACAGCUGCUAAUUCGGAUCGGAUGUUCUCUCCACUUACGAACGGUACACCAAAAUUACUUGCUCGUCGAUUGGUUGCCACGGACGAUAUCGAAGAAAUCGACGAAGAAAAUGAAGAGAAACAUCACGAUCAAUCUAUCGAGCAGAUCUUAGUAGCUAGUGAUCGUUUGUUCUCGUCGAUGGGCGAUGCAGCUGAAAUGGUCAAACAGGCAAAAAUUUUAGCACAAGCAACGGCUCAACUUGUUUCAUCAUUACGUCAGCAAGCUGAAUCGAUCGAUGACAAUACCAAUGAACAGAAACGAUUUCUAUCAGCUGCGAAAAUGCUUGCUGAUGCAACAUCCAAAAUGGUCGAAUCCGCUAAAGGCUGUGCAACCAAACCUCAUGACACUCACCUUCAGUAUCAACUGAAGAACUCAGUGGAAGAACUUCGUUCAGCAACGAACCUAGCAAUAACAAAUAGUAACAAACGAAAAGUAUUCAAACGAGUCGAACAAUGCGCUAAGCACUGCGCUUCGUGUGCCACUCAAUGUAUUGCAGCAACAUCAGCUCUGGCUAUGAUGAAUAAAAAUCAAUCAUCACAUCAAGAACUUGUUCAACAAUGUAAAAUCAUUGCCGAUCUCAUCCCAAAGGUUGUACAGAGUAUUCGUGCUUCAAUGAUCAAGCCAGAUUCUUACACAUUUCAAAAUAAUCUCAUUAAUGCAUGCGAAGAUUUUCUCGAUCCAGCUGUUCAUCUCACCAACAUUGCUCGAAUUGUCGUGCCAACCGUACAUGAUCAGUCACAAGCAUUGCAUUUGAAUAACAGUUCGAAACAAUUAACACAAGCAUUGAAUGAUCUAAGAGCCUAUGUUAAUCGAGCACAAGAAUUAAACAACUCAAUUGGAAUAGAUAGUGAAUCGAUUCUUGAAUUAAGCGAAUUACUUGAAAGAGAGUUGAAUGAUAUCAAACGGCAAGCAAAAAGUGGAGAUUUACAAGUACGACCCAAUGAAACGAUUGAUACGUGUUCAUCACAAUAUGCAUCUGUAUGUAAACAGUUUAAUAGCAUUAUUGGUCGAUUGCUUAACGCAGUGCAUCAUAACGAUGAAAGAGGUGUCGACGACUGUGCACAGGACAUGCUUCAACUUUUGCGUCGAUUUAUCAAUUCAACGCGUGAUUUAAUUGCAACGAUCACCGAUCAUCAAAUGCAAGAUUCAACUAUGGAACGUUCACGCGAUGUGUUAAAACAUACAAUUCAACUUCUUCUUGAAGCUCAACGUGCUCUUCGCACACCACAUGAGCAAAAUAAACUACCUACCAUCGAUCAUGAACUUUCAACUGCUGUCAAUGCUUGUCUGUCAAACAUGCCAUCGCAACGUUAUCUGAACGAAGUCAUUAAACAAAUGUCGGAAUAUGUCUAUACGUUAGCUGGACCGUUUGAUCGUAAAACAGGUCCACUUUCUAUUUCCUCCGAAAAUAUCGACCGUGCUGCUGCUGAUCUCAAUCAAGCAACUACAGAUCUAGUUGUUAGUACACAUAAAGGUGUAACGAAUGAUCUAGCCAAAACAUCGGCACGAUUCAGUCGAGCAUUCGGAGAUUUCAUUGAUAAUGGUAUACACUAUGUUAAUCAUCAACAUGAAGAUGAUAAACGAUCGCGUCUAAUCGUAUCACUCAAAAAUGUUCAUACAUCGUCGAAUCAAUUAUUGGAACGAGCAAAAUCAGUUUCUCUCGAACCGUCAGUAGUAGAACAAGAUAUGAAAUAUCAAUUAGCAAAUGCUGCCAGAGCGGUAACAGAAACAAUCAAUGAUGUUAUCACCGCAUGUUUAGUGUCGAAAUCUGCAAACAGUGUCGAACACACUGAAUGUGAUAAUGCCAUUGUAAAAAUGGAAACAUCAAAGGCUAUAUUACAACAAGCAGUCUUACAGCCAUGUGCCAACUAUACGUAUUUUGAUGCACUCGAUCAUGUAGUGGAAAAUUCGAAGCGUUUAGGAGAAGCGAUGACACAUAUUGCUAGUGCUUCGAAGAAUAUCAAUCAUAGUCUAUUUGUUCAAGCUGUUCAAGAAGCAUCGAAAGCAGUUUGUCAUUUAACGGAAGCAUCAGCUCAAGCAAGUUAUUUGAUUGGUAUAUCGGAAUUGACAUCAACGAAAGGAAGUACACCUGUACUCGAUCAAGUGUUAUUCAAUCGAGCAGUUGAAGCCAUUCGACAUGCAUGUGCAGAUCUAGCAAAUUCAUCAAUCAACCGAGACGAUAUUUUAACCUUGGCAGCAACAGUUGCUAAGAACACAUCAUCUCUAUGUAAUAUCUGUCGCGAUGCAUCGUCGAAUACAGCUGAUCCAGUCGCUCGACGACGUUUCGUACAAUCUGCUAAAGAUGUUGCCAAUGCAACUGCCGAACUUGUCCGUGCUAUCAAAAUCUUAGAUAGUUCGUAUACACCAGAAAAUCAUCGAUAUUGUAUGGAAAUAAGUCGACCGUUACUUCAAUCAAUUGAUGAACUUCAUACAUUCGCCAUGUCUAAAGAUUUCGCAGGCGCUCCACCGACAAUUAACGCUGCUGGACGUCAAUCACAAGAACCAAUCUUAUCGGCUGCUAGAAAUGUUGUUGAUGGCGCAUGUCGUAUUGUUGAAUGUUCAAAAACUUUAAUCGUCAACUCCAAAGAAGCUUCAUUAUGGCAACAACUUGCUACACAUACAAAGACUGUUUCAGAGGCAAUCAAACGUUUAGCCACAUCUGUCAAGGAUUUGACACCUGGACAACAGGAAUGCGAACGAGCAGUUGAAGAACUUCGAAGACUUUUUCAAGAAAUUGAUAAAGCAAUGAUGAAUGUUGAUUCGAUACGUAAGACGGAUAAAUCACCUCAGUUCCACCACGAGCAAAUCUCCUCGAGUUCUCAUUUUCUUGUUGAGCUAAUCAAUAAUAUUUGUCAAUCAUCGAAACGCGAACCAGAGCGUAUCGGUGCGUAUGUAUCGCAAUUUAUCACGUAUUUACAACCAUUCAUUCAUCAUACAAUCAAUUAUACCUCCUAUGUGAUUCAUAAACACGAGAAACUUCUAAUUUUGGAGCAAAUUAAGGAGCUAGUAGAAACAAGCCUACAGAUGAUCCUGAGUACUAAAGAAGCAGGUGGAAAUCCGAAGAACGUUCAAUGGCAUAAAAUUGUCGAGACGAAUAGUGAUGCUCUGAUAAAAUUAAUCAGAAAAUUAGUUCAAAUAUUACCAGAACAAUCAUCAGCCAAUGGAUUAAUGAACGGUUUGUGUGAAAACAUUCGUCAAUUGAUAUCCACGUUAGAGACAACGAAAAUAACCAAUCAAGGUCAAUACAUUGAUUGUCAAGCUCGAAUGAUUGAAGUUCUCAGACAAUUAGCUAGAUCGAUGAAAACGAUCAAUGAUUCGAUCGAUAUUCGACAUUUAGCGAAUCAAUUAACACGUGAAUACAAUGAAUUAGUCCAUGCGACAUACGGGGCAGUUGGAACUGCAAAUACAAAUGAGUUAUCAAUACGUAUUAAGAAAGCUGUACAAGAUUUAGGCUUUGUUUUGAUUGAAUUAAUUGAAAAAUUGACACAAAACAAAUCGAAAUACGAAUUCGAUAGUGUUUGUCAGAAAGUAGUGGAGAAGGUUUCGAACGUUUUAACAGCAUUACAAAGUAACUUACGUGGAACACAAGCUUGUAUCAAUGCUGCAAGCACUGUCCGUGGAAUCAUUACUGACCUCGAUACAACCAUUCUGUUCGCUACAGCUGGUUCAUUGAAUUCUGAACAUGUUGACGAAACAUUUGCUGACCAUCGUGAAGCUAUUUUGAAAACGGCCAAAAUACUUGUAGAAGAUACGAAAACAUUAGUUGCCGGUGCUGCAUCAACACAGGAACAAUUAGCAUCAGCGGCGCAGGCAGCUGUACGCACGAUAACUAAACUUUCUGAAGUGGUCAAAACAGGUGCUGCAUCUUUGGGUGCGAAUGAUGGUGAAGCACAAAUUAUGCUUGUCAAUAGUGUGAAAGAUGUGGCUGUUGCUUUGAACAAUCUUAUCAACGUAACGAAAUCAGCAAGUGGAAAAAAUAUUGAUGAUCCCGAAAUGCAAAAAUUGAAAGAAUGUGCGAAAAUUAUGGUCACGAACGUCACAUCUUUAUUACGUACAGUGAAAACUGUGGAAGAUAAAACACAGCGCGGAACGAAUGCACUAGAAAGCACUAUUCAAUCAAUUGCACAAGAACUUCAAACAUAUAGUAAUGGACAACGAACAGGAAACUACACUACACCCGAAGAGUUGGUUCGUGCGACCAAACAAUUUACAAUAGCAACAUCAAAAGCGGUAUCAGCUGGUCAAUCGUGCCAACAGGAGGAUAUCAUCGUUGCUGCCAAUCUCGGUCGUAAAUCAAUAUCUGAUCUGUUAGCUGUUUGCAAAUCCACUGCAUAUGCAACUGAUGAUCGAAAUCUACAGCAACGCACAAUGGAUAACGGACGAGCGUGUGUACAAACAUACAAGGAAUUGUUAGAAGCAAUUCAUACGUUAAUUCAAAAACCAUCGAAUGAAAUCAGACAAAAAUUACUUCAGUAUUCACGACUUAUCGCACAGUCAACACAUGAACUUGUUCAAUGUGCUGCGCAGUUGAAAGGUACAGAUUUGAUUGAUCCCGAUGAUCCAACUUAUAUUGCAGAAAAUGAACUGUUCAAUGCUGCCCAAUCAAUUGAAUCUGCAGCAAUGAAACUGUCACAUUUGAAGCCUCGUCGAAAAAUCAAAGAAAUCAAUGAAAAUUUAAAUUUCGAUGAACAAAUCCUGGAUGCAGCCAAAUCAAUAAUGAACGCAGCAAGUGCAUUGAUAACAGCAGCAACAUCAGCUCAAAAAGACCUUGUUGCACAGGGCAAACUUUCAUCUAAAUCAAGUUCCGAUGAAGAUGGCCAAUGGUCUCAGGGAUUAAUAUCAGCUGCACGUUAUGUCGCAUCGGCUUGUCAUGUUUUAUGCGAUGCAGCAAAUGGACUUGUACAAGGCUGUGGUACGGAAGAGAAACUGAUUUCCAGUGCAAAACAAGUUAGUUCAAAUACUGCUGCAUUACUUGUCGCUUGUAAGGUCAAAGCUGACUUUAUGAGUCAAUCCAUGGCACGUUUACAAGCGGCUGGUAAUGCGGUUAAGCGUGCUGCAGAUACACUUGUUCGAGCUGCUCAACAAGCUGUUGAUAUGCAACAAGAAGAAAAGCAUUUCGAAGUUUCGACACGCUUUGUUCCGGGUAUUGCGCAAGAAAUCAAAUGUAAAGAAGCAAUCUUAACCAAAGAACGAGAAUUAGAUGAAGCACGUAAUCGUCUUAAAGCUAUACGUUUAGCCAAAUAUGGUCAUAGUGAACAAGAAUCAGCCGAUAGUAGCUAA